CGACCCCUCACCCCGUUCGUUCUUUCUCUCUCUCUCUCUCUCUCUCUCUCUCUCUCUCUCCCUCCCUUUGACGCGGAGCCGUACCAAUUGCGAGUUAGUCCAUAGAGUUGAGGCGCAUGCGCAGCGGCUUCGUGCCAGCUGCCCUGGGUAUCGAUCCGAGACUUAAAGAAACGGAUUGUGCUUUAGUAAAAGAAACGAGUGAUACUACGAAUUUUAAUGAAAAAUCCUGUACAAGUCCUGAGAAGAGCGAGAAGAAACAUCAGAUGUCGCAGAAUGAGAACCUCACCACAACGCAAUCUGCUGGCAGUCAUAGAUCAAAUGCAUGCUGUCUCUGUUGGUGCUGUUGUUGCAGCUAUUCAUGGAGAGAAGAUGAUGAUCGAAAUAGAAGGCCAUCUCACAAUAUUAUAAUGGAAAACAUGGAGAACUGUGAACCAAGUGCAAAUCCAACAGCAGAAGAGGUGCAUUUAUGGGCUCAAUCCUUUGACAAGCUACUGAAAGCUCCUGCAGGCAGAAAUACCUUCAGAGAAUUCUUAAGAACUGAAUACAGUGAAGAAAAUAUGCUCUUUUGGCUAGCAUGUGAAGAUCUCAAAAGUGAAGCAAAUAAAAGUGCCAUUGAGGACAAAGCACGAAUUAUCUAUGAAGACUUUAUUUCAAUACUUUCUCCUAAAGAGGUUAGCCUUGAUUCACGAGUGCGUGAAGUCAUCAACACAAAGAUGGCUGAACCGUCAAAUCAGAUAUUUGAUGAUGCACAGCUGCAGAUUUAUACCUUAAUGCAUAGAGACUCAUAUCCACGAUUCCUGAACUCUUCUAUAUACAAGUCUCUGCUUCAGAAGUCAUCCAGCACAUCUUCAGAAUCCUAAAUAUUCAACUAUACAGAUAAAGUUCAUUUAAAAAACCAAAACAGGUACAAGGUCAUCAUCACAAAAAAAGAAAAUAUGAAACUCAGGUUUAUUUUACUACUGAUUUCCUGUUGCCUAAAAAUGCAAGAAGCACUAAAGAACUGCAAGACCCUAGUGAUGGCUUAAAUAAUUUCAAUUCUGGUCUUUUUUUUUAAAUUUACAAGCAUUAGUGAAUAAACCCUAGUGGAAAGGGACAGUUUUUAUUCAUCUCUCAGUCAGAUAUCAUCUACACAAUCAUUAUACGUUUGUAUAUGAAAACAUUGUUAUCAAUAAUUUCAGAACAGCUAUUUUAUUUACAUGAAAAAUGAAAGUGAUUUUAUUGAAAGGGAUAUAAUCUCAGCCUUUAUAUUGGUACAUAACCAUUAAAAGUACAAAACAGAAUAUUUAAAAUUGUAAGUAGCUCAUACCUACCUUUGUAAGACAUCAUUGUUGCUGCUAAUAAUUCCAUCAGUUGCUAAUCAAGGAUCAUUCCAUCCCAAAGAACCAUAAUUUUACCUCACUCUGUGACAACGAACAUUUAAUUACCAUUUUUUUCGUACAAUGAUCAUGAAGCUAUCUACGAAGAUUACAGAAAAUAUAAUAGCCAGGUAAGUGUGAGUUCUUGCUGAAAAGGAACCAAGGUGCUCUUGAGGGUUACAUUGUCAAAUGAACUCCAGAGCUAGUGUACAAGAUAUGUUAAAUUUCACCCCUUUGUUUGUCUUCAUGGUUGACAAUUUAUUGUGCAGUAUUGUAAUAAUAUUAGGCUGUAUUGACAACUUUAAAAAGGAAACUACUGAUAAAUUAGCUAGCUGUCAUUUACAGCUAAAGAUAGUUUAUAUUUGUGCAAUUUUCUUCUUGGAUACAGGUAGUCAACAAAAGGGCUUUAAAUUUACGAAGGCUUACCUACAAGAUGAAAAAUAAUAAUUGGAUAGUUAUGUUAGAAAUAAUAGAAAUCCCUCACUAUAAUUUUUGAAAUUAAUUGAAUAUGUUUUACAAGCACGGUUAAGAAAAUUUGUUAAAAUUUAAAUAAAUACAUUGCUAAUCUGAUGAACUUCGUCUUUCAUUUAGAUAAAUGUUGACAGGGAAAAUGAAAAAUAAACUGGAUAGCUUGCUGUGUAAAAGAAAAGAAUUGUGGUGCACUCAUGCAAUCUUCAUGAACAGCAUUAUUGUUGCUUACAGCCACUGUUUAUCAUCCUGCUUACCAAUUUCAAAAAUGGCCAACAGUACUACUAAAGAUUAUGCAGCCAACCUCUCCCACUUAAAGUCAAAACAUUAUAGUUACAGCAGUUAAGUGCAAUUUGGGAUUCACUCUGACCUGAUUAACAUUCAGUAAUGGUGCAACAGUGGAGAAAUUGGCACCACAGUUUUCAUACUCUAUACUAGGGACCUCUGUGCAGAAGGUGGAUAAUUCCACAGUAAUUUACAGGUUGUCAGAUUCUGCAUGUGGUGAAUCACCAAGCCAAAAACUAUGGUUAGUGUCCAAUUCAGAACUGUGCAGGAAUAUGUAAAUUAUCCAGAGAAAGCAGGUGGCAACUCCUGCCAUAUUGAUUGAAGUGGCAAUUACAGACCAAACUUAAAUUACUGAAGGAUGCUCGACAGCUAUCAUCUCAUACAAAAUGAAACCAAGUGACAUAGGUGACAAAAUUUCUCUCCCAGGUGAGCUCAAUGCCUUUUAUGCUUGCUUUGCCUAUUAUGAAAGCA